CGGCGUCGCCCUCGGGCGGGGGUCCCUCCCUCCCUCCCUCCUUCCAUCCUUCCUUCCUUCCUUCCUUCCACCCGCAGAGCCUUCUUCCUUCCCUUCUUCCUUCCCUUCUUCCUUCCCUCCUUCUCUCCCUCCGGGAACUUUCUGCAUGACUGUCUCUAAGAUGUCAUGGCGGCCGCAGUAUCGCAGCUCCAAGUUCCGGAACGUCUACGGCAAAGUGGCCAACCGGGAGCACUGCUUCGACGGGAUCCCCAUCACCAAGAACGUCCAUGACAACCACUUCUGCGCCGUCAACACCAAGUUCCUGGCCAUCGUGACGGAAAGCGCCGGAGGGGGAGCCUUCCUUGUCAUCCCAUUGGAACAAACCGGCCGGAUUGAGCCCAACUACCCCAAAGUGUGCGGCCAUCAGGGCAACGUGCUGGACAUCAAAUGGAACCCUUUCAUUGAAAACAUCAUCGCCUCCUGCUCAGAGGACACCUCGGUCCGGAUAUGGGAGAUCCCGGAGGGGGGCCUGAAGCGCCACAUGACGGACAGCGUCCUGGAGCUGUAUGGACACAGCCGGCGGGUCGGCCUCGUCGAAUGGCACCCCACGGCCAGCAACAUCCUCUUCAGUGCCGGAUACGACUAUAAGAUCCUCAUCUGGAACCUGGACGUCGGGGAACCCGUCAAGAUGAUCGACUGCCACUCGGACGUCAUCCUCUGCAUGUCCUUCAACACGGACGGCAGCUUGGUGGCCACCACUUGCAAAGACAAGAAGCUCCGGGUCAUCGAGCCACGCUCCGGGAAGGUCCUCCAGGAGGCAAACUGUAAGAAUCACCGCGUGAACCGGGUGGUCUUCCUAGGGAACAUGAAGAGGCUGCUGACCACGGGGGUCUCGCGGUGGAACACGCGGCAGAUCGCCCUUUGGGAUCAGGAAGACCUCUCCAUGUCCUUAAUCGAAGAGGAGAUUGACGGAUUGUCCGGCCUGCUGUUCCCUUUCUACGAUGCCGACACUCACAUGCUGUACCUGGCAGGAAAGGGAGACGGGAACAUCCGCUACUACGAAAUCAACACAGAGAAGCCAUACUUCACGUACCUCAUGGAGUUCCGCUCCGCAGCCCCACAGAAAGGCCUCGGAGUGAUGCCCAAGCAUGGCCUGGAUGUGUCCAUGUGCGAAGUGUUCCGCUUCUACAAGGUCAUCACGCUCAAGGGCCUCGUUGAACCCAUUUCCAUGAUUGUGCCCAGGAGGUCAGAAACGUAUCAGGAAGACAUUUACCCCAUGACUCCAGGAACCGAACCUGCCCUCACUCCGGAUGAAUGGCUCAGUGGAACAAAUAGAGAUCCCAUUCUGAUGUCCUUAAAGGAAGGCUAUAAGAAAGUAUCCAAAGUAGUUUUCAAGGCGCCCAUAAGAGAGAAAAAGAGUGUUGUCGUGAAUGGGAUCGAUCUCUUAGAAAACGUGCCCCCCAGGACAGAGAACGAGCUCCUGCGGAUGUUCUUCCGGCAGCAGGACGAGAUCCGGCGGCUGAAGAGCGACCUGUCGCAGAAGGACGUCCGCAUCCGGCAGCUGCAGCUGGAGCUGAAGAACCUCCGCAACAGCCCCAAGAACAACGAACUCUGAGGGCCGUUUUCUCAAGGAAGCCCCCCUUGUUGACGACCCCCUGCCGCCCCGUGAUUCCACCGUGUCCUCCUUCAAAGCCCCGUUGAGGUUUGAGCCAGAAGCCCCCCAAGGAGCCGAGGCCGGCUAAGUGGAGGUCGGAUCCUCCGUUGGCCGUGACUUCGGACUCGGAGACAUUGUCUGCAUGAAAAGAACCAGGGACCCUCCCGAGUCAGGAGGAGAGGAACCCCGCUCCUUAAGUCAUCAACCUACUCAUUUCGCCCUUUUGCGCUUCCGGGGACGAGGACGGAAAGCCUGCUGCCCUGGCAGGAAGCAAGCCCAAUUUAUUCCUCUAUAGAUAUAUAGAUAUAUAUAUAUUUGUUCCUAUGCAAAGUGUGACUGACAAUACGCACUGGGGUACAGAACUGGAAUUCAGGUUGGAAACCACGAAAUAACUGGAAGACGGUGCCGGGUGAGCGGAACAUGCCUUUUCUCGACGUCGGUCCCGGCAUCUCCUUAUAGGAUCCCCAAAGGCCAGGCUUUCUCAGCGUCCCUUAGCCCACCCACCCCUAAACACUGCCCAUCGUUCCAUCCAGAUCCACUCCCCCCAAAUUCCUCUGAAAUGCUUUGUAUUUGGGGCAUUGAGGGCUUGGAGCCGGGAAGUGAGUGUGUCGCCAGUUAUCGGGCAGCAGAAGCCACGUUCAGCACAUUCAUAUAUACGAUCAUCAUCGCCUGAACCCCAUCCAUUUCGUCCAAGUUUCAGACCGAAUUGUCAAGCUUUCAGACCAAUGAGCAACUCCUUUACGGUUCAGACUAGAAGCCGGAGCGGAUGCUUGACUCAGUUGACCCAGAGGACACCAAUAGGUCCCUCGCUCCUCCAGAUACUGCAAAACAAUGGUUUGAAAAAUGAGUGGAAGAACCAUAUAAAUAUGGGAAUCAAGGGGAAAAGGGUCAGAGUUUUGAAGACCUUUAGGGCAAAUAGGGGCCCAGAAAUACAGGCUAAGCAUCCCUUAUCCAGAAUAUUCCAAAUUAAGUGUCCACAUGAACGAGACCUUUGCGUUCUGAUGGUUUGGUCUUAUGCACGAAAUUAUCAUCAAACCGAUACAAAAUUGUCUUCAAGCUACAUGUAUAAGGUGCAUAUAUGAAGCAUAAAUGAGGUUUGUGUCCCAUCUCCAAAAUAUCUCAAUAUAAAUGUGUGUGUGUACACACAUAUACAUACACACACACAUAUACAUACACGCACAAAAUUGUCUUCAAGCUACAUGUAUAAGAUGCAUAUAUGAAGCAUAAAUGAGCUUCGUGUUGGACUUGGGUCCCAUCUCCAAAUUAUCUCUCUAUGCAUACAUACACAUACACACACAAAAUUGUCUUCAGGCUACAUGUAUAAGGUGCAUAAAUGAAUUUUGUGUUUGGACUUGGGUCCCAUCCCCAAAAUCUCUCCCCCCCCUCUCUCUCUCUAUAUAUAUAUAUACACAUAUAUACACACAAACAUACAUAUAUAUGUACACAAACGUGUGUGUGUGUGUGUGUAUACACACACAAAAUUGUCUUCAAGCUAUGUGUAUAAGGUGCAUAUCUGAAGUAUAAGUGAGUUUUGUGUUUGGACUUGGAUCUCAUCUCCAAAAUAUAUCGAGAGAGAGAGAGAGAUGUAUAUCUAUAUAUACACACAAACAUAUACAUACAUACAUACAUACAUACAUACAUACACACACACAUAUAUACAUACAUACUCAAAAUUGUCUUCAAGCUACAUGUAUAAGGUGCAUAUUUGAAGUAUAAAUGAGUUUUGUGUUUGGACUUGGGUCCCAUCUCCAAAAUAUCUCAAUAUAUGUGUGUGUGUGUGUACACACACACAUAUACAUGCAUACACAAAAUUGUCUUCAAGCUACAUCUACAGUAGAGUCUCACUUAUCCAACAUUUGCUUAUCCAAUGUUCUGUAUUAUCCAACGCAGUUUGCCUUUAGUAGUCAAUGUUUUUGUAGUCAAUGUUUUCAAUACAUUGCGAUGUCUUGGUGCUAAAUUCAUAAAUACAUAAUUUAUAAUUACUACAUAAUGCUACUGUGUAUUAAACUGCUUUUUCUGUCAAUUUGUUGUAAAACACGAUGUUCUGGUGCUUAAUUUGUAAAAUCACAAUGUAAUUUGACCUUUAAUAGGCUUUUCCUUAAUCCUUCCUUAUUAUCCAACAUUUUAGCUAAUCCAACAUUCUGCUUGCCCGUUUAUGUUGGAUAAGUGAGACUCUGCUGUAUAUAUAAAUGUAAUGUAUGUUUGUAGGACUGAGUAAACAACAAAACCACUGAACCAAACCACACCAAAUUUGGCCACAAAUUUGACUCUACUGUAUAAGGUGCAUAUAUGAAGCAUAAACGAGAUUUGUGUUUGGACUUGGAUCCCAUCUCCAAAAUACCUCCAUAUAUAUGUGCAUAUAUAAACACACUCACACACACAAAUGGAAUAUUGGAGGAGAUGGGAGCCAAUCAUUUUGGAUAAGGGAAACUAAACCUGUAUGAAGAUAAUAACUCUUACCUUGUCCCCUUGGAGAUGGUCAACAGCAUCCAAGAAUGUAAUUCGGGGGAAAGGCCAGUCUGAGAAAAGACAGUGGUUUCUUUAUUCGGUGGGAACUGGCCCCGAUUGUUGACAGAGGCCCCAUCUACACUGCAAUGUAACCCAGUUUGAGCACCAUUAUAAUGGUGAGUUUAGCCUCAUAUAAUGCUAGAUUAAGAGAGUCAGCACUGCCAUAUAAUCCAGUUCAUCUUUAAAAGCCUUCUUUGGAGGCUUUUAAGCAGAGGCUGGAUGGCCAUCUGUCGGGGGUGCUUUGAAUGUGAUUUCCUGCUUCUUGGCCGAAUGGGGUUGGACUGGAUGGCCGGUGAGGUCUCUUCCAACUCUACGAUUCUAUGAUUCAUCUGCAUCCUGAAAUUACAUUAUAAGGCAGAAGAGGGUUGGGAUGGAUGGCCAUUGGGAGUCUCUUCCAGCUCUGUGAUUCUAAGUCCAUGAUCCUUCACUUACAAUUUAAAAUAUCAUUCCACAAUAUAAAAACAUUCAACAGUGACUAUUUGGCAAAUUAGAUCUGAUUUACUUAAAUGCACAACCAAACAGCCAAGUCUUGAGCGCUUCUACAAAAGAUUGUAAAUGAUUGCAGUGCAUCGUCUUCCCUCAAUCCGCAUUCAACUUCCAAUAGCAGUCUCACUUAGCAAACAGCCAAGGGAUGCUUUCCUUUUUGGGAUGCCGGCUUCCAGGAUCUCAAACUGAAGCCCAAAAAUUAAACUUUCCCAGACUCUGUUUGCUGAACUGGCUAAGUGACCCAGAGCUAAAACAAAAGUGCAUUAGCAAGGUUUUAAACAGAUUCUCCAGGGAAAUUGUGGUGCAAAUCCCAAUCGCUUGCCUAAGUAGAACGGACCCAUUGAAGAAAUGGCUGACGGGUCAGUCCAAGGUCCGGUGAAUGCCCAUUGAUUCUUCUCUGGUCGGGAUUUGAGCCUUUCUUGCUUCUUGUGUCUUUAUUUUCCAAACUCAGUGGAAGGAAACUCAGGAGUUUUGGGGGUGGGUCUUCCUUUUAGAGCCCGUCUUCCGCUUCUCCAGCCCUAAAACCACUCUGCAAUGAACGGGUCCAACAGUUACGGUCUCACAGGGUUGUUGUAUGUCUUUCGGGCUGUGUGACCAUGUUCCAGAAGCAUUCUCUCCUUUCGUUUCGCCCACAUCUAUGGCAGGCAUCCUCAGAGGUUGUGAGGUCUAUGGAGAAACUAAGUAAGGAAAGGAAAGAAUAUUUAUCUGUGGAGAGUCCAGGGUGUGGCAAGAGUCCUUUGUCACUGGGAAGCCAGCAUUGAUGUUUCAGUUAAUUAUUUGAGAACACAGAAAUGCUUGAUCACUCCAACAACUCUCAUGUCAGACGACACAGAGAAGCCAUUGAAAUCCACAAGCAUGUGGACAACUUCAACAGAAAGGAGGAAACCAUGAAAAUGAACAAAAUCUGGCCACCAGUAUUGAAAAACUCAAAAAUCAGAACAGUAGAUGGCAAGAGACAAAACCUUUCCAGUGCUAAUUAGGGUGAUUAACUGGAACAUCAAUGCUGGCUUCCCAGUGACAAAGGACUUGCCACACCCUGGACUCUACACAGAUAUAUAUUCUUAUUUAUUUAUUUAUUUACAGUAUUUAUAUCCCGCCCUUCUUUUCUCACCCCGAAGGGGACUCAGGGCGGAUCACAUUACACAUAUAGGCAAACAUUCAAUGCCUUUUAACAUAGAACAAAGGCAAACAAACAUAGGCUCCGAGCCGGGCCUCGAACUCAUGACCUCCUGGUCAGAGUGAUUCAUUGCAGUGACUGAUUGUAGCUGCUCUCCAGCCUGCGCCACAGCCCGAGCCCAUUUGUGUAUUCUUUCCUUUCCUUACUUAGUUUCUCCAUAGACCUCACAACCUUUGAGGAUGCCUGCCACAGAUGUGGGCGAAACGUCAGGAGAGAAUGCUUCUGGAACAGGGCCACACAGCCCGAAAGACAUACAACAACCCAGCCUUAUGGCUGCUUUCCAAAGGGCCACUGAAUCCAUGGAUACAGAAAUUCAACUUUUUAUCCACAGCAGUCGUUGCUCUUUAGUUUCCCCCCAGUUUGGGUCCCCAGAUGUUAUUGGACCACAACUCCCAUCCUUUGGAUGAUCCGCCGUGCGGAUUGGGGAUGGUGAGAGUUGCAACCGUGGCUCCGAGGUUUGGAAAAAAAGAUUUAAAAGGUAUUUCAAAGCCAGGCAUCCUAUCCACAAACCUUGAAAAUGGCACGGAGGUUCCGGAUUCUUGAGCUGAGCGAUAGAAGCCCCAAAGGCAUGGGUGGCCUGGGUCACUUGGUCAAAAAGAUGUCCCCAUCCCGGGAAGGACAUUGUGAUAUGAGACAGCAAAAUACAUUUCUAGAAUCAACACAUUUCUAGGUUCCUCUCCUUCAGCCGUUCCCCUGAGGUGCAAAAAAGGAUCAGACUAGAAGGACGGGUCAGGAGGGGAUUUUGGCUCCUUCCAUAUCACCCUACCAGGGAAGAGGGACACUUCACCUUCUGGGUGGCCUCUGGGGCGCCGUUGUUCCGAGCGAGAGUCCUCACAAAGGAAGGAGGGCGGGCACACGGUCUCUGUCUGGUCCACGUCCACACCCCACGCUCCGUGCCUCACGCCCACUCCCCCCCUGCGCCACCCCAUUGUUUUCUCACUCGCUUAUUAUUUAUGCUGCCAUAAAUAGUGACAAAAUAAUGAUAAUAAAAGAAGUUACUGAGAUACCAAAAAAAAAA